GAAGUGAACUACCAGACAAGACCAUUACUGGAACCUCAUUCUGCAGGCCAGGGCCUUUAUCUGUUGUCUUUCUGUAUAUCAUCAUGAUAAACCCAUCAUCUGGACCAGGAGGUGUGUGUAGGUUGCUGACCUCUUUGCUUUAUGGGCUGGAGUCUCAUAUGGACACCUCAGAGGACAGCACUUUUCUACAGGACAUGCUCAUGGGCAAUACUCUGCAUCUGCUUAUUAAGGUCUAUGACAGGCUCCAGAAGUACAGAGUCCAGCGGCCUGCUCCACUGUUGGAAAGCACACAGGGCCUGGCUCAGGAUUUGGCAGAAGAGCUGCGCUGUGUAGUCGCCAGCCCAGAGACAACAGAGUUGUUAUACCUGCUCUCUAAACCUCAUGUACAGGCUCUUCUCUCAGUGCAUGACAUGGUGUCUCAGAAAGAGUUUGACCCUCGUUUGCCUCCUCUGCCCCCACUGCCCGAUUACAUCGAGAAAGAAGAAGAUUCAAUCAAGAUCGUUCGCUUGGUUAAAAACCAGGAGCCACUGGGAGCCACCAUCAAGAGAGAUGAGUCCACUGGAGCUAUAGUGGUGGCUCGAGUCAUGAGAGGAGGAGCUGCUGAUCGAAGUGGUCUAAUUCACGAAGGGGACAAGCUCAAGGAAGUCAAUGGUGUUCCAAUGGAGGACAAGAACCCAGAGGAGAUCAUUCCCAUACUAGCCAAGUCAGAAGGAGCAGUGACCUUCAAAGUCAUCCCAGGCACCAAAGAAGAGCCAGAGACCAUAGAUAACAAGAUCUUUGUAAGGGCACUUUUUGACUAUAAUCCCCAAGAAGAUCCUGCUAUUCCAUGCAAAGACGCCGGGUUGGAAUUCUGGAGGGGAGAUGUGUUACAGAUUGUAAGCCAAGAAGAUGACACCUGGUGGCAGGCCAGACGGCACGGUGACGCCAAUCUCAGGGCUGGAUUGAUUCCCUCAAGACAGCUUCAGGAAAGGAGAGUGACUUUACAAAGGCCUGCAGUUCUGUUCCACCCACUGAGAGAGUCAGUUAUAUUCAGUGACAGCAUGGAAGAGGAUGUGGAUUAUGGAGCAAUAAGUGGCAUACAUAUAGCUGGUUUGAGGAAAAGUUUCCGGUUGAGCCGGAAGGACAGCACAGGUCAACAUUUGAGACAGAAGAUGGGCAAAGGACAUGCCGGUAUCCAUUUACCAAUAUAUCAGGAGGUCCUGCCUUACAAGAGAAAGCCUGGUGAGCCUUACCGCCUUGUGCUCCUAACUGCAAGAUUUUUGGAAUACGGUGAAUAUAAAGGGAACUACUAUGGUAUGAGUCUGGAUUCAGUGCACAGGGUUGUAGCGGAGAGCAAGGUGUGCCUACUGGUUGUGAAGCCACACGCCAUAAUAGCCUUAUACACCUCUGAGUUGAAACCCUAUGUCGUAUUUGUGAAGCCUCCAUCAAUAGAGAGCUUGAGACUGAGCCGAAGAAAAGCAAAAGUUCUGUCAAGUCAGAAUGAGCAAACACCUACAAAAAUAUUUACGGAGGAGGACUUUCAGGAUAUGAUUACCAGUGCUCAAGCCAUGGAGAAUAAAUAUGGCCACUUGUUUGAGAAAGUGAUCAUCAAUGAUGACCUGGCCAUGGCAUUCACUGAACUGAGAGACGAGCUCACAAAGAUAGAAACAGAGACUCACUGGAUCCCAAAUACAUGGGCUCAUGUCUGAAAAAGCAAUUCAUGUUCACUGAACCACUUAGACACAUGAUAAAUUUUGACUAUAUUUUGGAGAUUUUCUGCAUAUAAAAAAGGCACACCAUAUUAUUGUAAUUAUACGCUUAUAAGUAGUGUGUGCUGGCCGGUCAUGAAUCAACUCCAUUCAUAACCGCCAAACUCAUGACACUGCACUGAAUUUGAAAUAGUUUUGUUUAUGUUGAGAAACAAGUAAUUGUAAAGAAUUGUUAUCUGCCCCUAAUUCCUACAUAAUGAUAUACAUUAUGCUGUAUUACGAGAUUAUUUCUAUACACAUAUUGCUUUGUGCACUGUUGUGGCUCAUGUUUUCAUAUUAAUCACUUACAGACGUGGAUUUUCCAUUGAAAAGAUGUGUUCUCAAUUUGGUUUAAGUGAGGUAGACCACUACAGUUUCUUUUUUUUUCAUAAAUUGUGACUACAAGAUUGAACUCUGGAUUAGACCUCUGAAACACAUCCAGGUAGCUCUAUGUACCGAACAAUUCCAAUCCAAGUUUAGAUUUGUUCCUGACAUUGAACUCCAGGCUUUAAAGUGAUUUUAAUGCCUUAGUGUUCUUGAAGAACAUUAACAUUUGCAGGUAUACAAGGUGAUCCACGAUUCAACCUCUCAAAAGAAUCAAUC